CCUUCCGCAGUAAGUAAAACCUUUGCAGGAAGGGCUGCUCUUCUCCGGGGAGGGGGUGGUCCGCUGGGCUUGCAAGGCGGCUCUUUCCCUGCAGCGAGGAGCCAAGUGAAUGAGAGUGUCUUUCCAGAGUCAGAGACAGCAGCCCAAGAGAAAAGGGAAGGAGAUGGAAGAGAAGGACCCUGAAGGCCUUGGAACUGGGAAGACAUCCAGGAAAGGUUCCCAUCCUCUCCAAGCAGGGAGUGGUGCUGAAUUUUGGGGAAGAGCUGUGCCAGAGAACUUGGUUCAAGACCCUGUGACCCCAGAUGUACGCAGCCGACGCUUCCGGCUGUUUGGUUACCAGGAGGCUGAUGGGCCCCGAGAGGUUUGCAGCCGGCUCCACGGACUUUGUAAGGACUGGCUGGAGCCAGAGAGGCGCACCAAGAAGGAGAUGAUGGACCUGGUGAUCCUGGAGCAGUUCCUGGCCAUCCUGCCGCAGGAAGUGCAGGGCUGGGUGAGAGGAUGCGGGCCAGAGAGCAGUUCCCAGGCAGUGGCCCUGGCCGAAGGUUUCCUCCUGAGUCAGGCAGAGGAGAAGAGGCAGGCACUGCAGACACAGAGAGGAUUUCGGAAGGUGGAAGCAAAGUUCCGUGAGGCAAAAGGAGUUCUGUCUGAGGAAGGUCAGAGGGCGCAGGCCCAGGAGUGUACCCAAGAUGCCCUGCCAAGUGGCAGUGAAGAGACGUUAUUGAGCCCUUUUCUUUGCAGAGAAGUGGAAACACCUCCUUGGCCUCUGGUCCAGUCUCCAUUUAACUUUGAGGAGGUGGCCAUGUAUUUCACCGUGGCGGAGUGGGGCCUUCUGGAUCCAGGCCAAAAAGCCCUCUACAGGGAAGUCAUGCUGGAGAACUAUGGGAGUGUGGCUUUUCUGGCAGCAGAUGUAGAGAAGACAGCUGGGGAAUUCCAGGAGUUCUCUUUGGAAAAAGUCAAGAUUGAAGAUGCUGAAGAAAACCUUGGAGAUGGACCACAGAGGCAGGAGGAAAGCCACGCAGCAGGAGAUGAUCGGAGGAAUGAGGAGGAUGAGGAACUGCAUCAUGUAUCACCAGAUGAUGGCAAGAAUGAAGAUGUGAGAAGAAAAGUCAGGAUUCAAGGCAGGCCUCAGAGGCAGAAAGUCAGGCACAGGGUAAAGAAGAGGGAUAAAUGCAUUCCUUCUCAGGGGGUGGAUUUCCAAGAAGUAAUUCACAGGUUGGAGGAAACUUACAAGUGCUUGGAGUGUGGAAUGAACUUCUCAGUUCAAACCCAACAUAAUAUACAUUUUUCAAAGCAUGGUAUAUUGAAGGCAUGUAAAUGCUUUCAGUGUGGAAAGUAUUUCAGAUACAAAUCACAAGUCCUUGUGCACCAAAGGAUCCACACAGCGGCGAAACAUUUUGAAUGCUCAGAGUGUGGGAAGAAAUUCAGUCAUAGUUCCCUUCUUAAAAAGCAUCAAAGAACCCACACAGGGGAGAAGCCUUUUGAAUGCUCAGAGUGCGGGAAGGGAUUUAGUUGUAGUAGCAGUCUUAAAAGUCAUUUAAGAACCCACACAGGGGAAAAGCCUUUUGAAUGCUCAGAUUGUGGGAAGAGAUUCAGUCGUAGUAACACUCUUCAACAGCAUGUAAGAAUCCACACAGGCCAGAAGCCUUUUCAGUGCUCAGAGUGUGGGAAGAAAUUUAGGCUAAGCAGUGGUCUUCAACAGCAUCAAAGAAUCCACACAGGGGAGAAGCCUUUUGAAUGCUCAGAGUGUGGGAAGAGAUUCAGAUGGAGUGGUGAUCUUCAAAGUCAUCUAAGAACCCACACAGGGGAGAAGCCUUUUGAAUGCUCAGAGUGUGGGAAAAGAUUCAGGGUGAGUAGCAGUCUUCAAAAUCAUUUAAGAACCCACACAGGGGAGAAGCCUUUUGAAUGCUCAAAGUGUGGGAAGAGAUUCAGUCAGAGUAGCACUUUUCAACAGCAUCUAAGAACCCACACAGGGGAGAAGCCUUUUGAGUGCUCAGAGUGUGGGAAGGGUUUCAUUCGCAGUGGCCAGCUUAAACGGCAUCAAAGAACCCACACAGGGGAGAAGCCUUUUCAGUGCUCUGAGUGUGCAAAGAGAUUCAGUCAAAGCCAUGAUCUUAAAAAACAUCAAAGAACACACACAAGGGAGAAGCCUUUUGAAUGCUCAGAGUGUGGGAAGAGGUUCACUCAGAAUGGCCAUCUUCAACAGCAUCAAGCAAUCCACAGAGGGCAAAAAUCUUUUGAAUAAAAAGAGAUUCAACCAGCAUGGUUAUUUUCAGCAACAUCUAAGAACCCAUUCAAGGAAAAGUCAUGUAACUUCUUAUCCUAUGGAUAUCAAACACUUUUGUUAUGAGGAUCUGAAUUAAUGUCACUCUGCUUG